AUGUUAGAUCACAUGCUUAAGUGUCCUAAUAGGCCAAGAGAUGCACAAAAUGAGGGCGAUACCGGGGGUGGUUAUUUUGAUCAAGAUGUUUCACGUAAAAAACUUGCACAUGCCAUUAUUUUACAUGAGUAUCCACUCUCUAUAGUUGAUCAUGUGGGAUUUAGCAACUUUGUUGCGAGUCUUCAACCUAUGUUUAAGAUGGUUUCCAGAAAUACAAUCAAGAAUGACAUAAUAAAAAUCUUUGACAAUUUGAAAUCGCAAACUUCUAUGUUGUUGGAGAAAGUGACGAGUAGAAUUGCAAUAACAACCGAUAUGUGUACUUCCAAUAGUAACAAAAAAGGGUUCAUGGCUAUUACUGGUCAUUUCAUUGAUGAUUCAUGGAGGCUUCAAAGUCAUAUUUUGAGAUUUGCUUAUGUCCCUGCUCCACAUGAUAAAGAUGCUUUGUGUGGUGCUUUGAUUAAUUGUUUGUUUGAUUGGAAUCUUGAACGAAAAAUAUUGACUAUCACAGUUGAUAAUUGUAGCACAAAUAAUGCUAUGAUUAAAACUUUACUGGAUGAGAAACUUAAUAAAAAAGAUUUGUUGUUGAGUGGUCGAGUAUUUCAUGUGCUUUGUGCUGCACAUAUUUUAAACUUGAUUGUGCAAGAAGGGUUAAAAGUGAUAGGAGAUAGUAUUAGCAAAGUGCGUAAUAGUGUCUUGUAUUGGAUUGGAUCAGCUGGCAGAAUUGAGAGGUUUGAAGAAGCCGCAUGUUUGCUUCACUGUUCUUGUAAUAAGAAGUUGGAGUAUGAUUGUCCUACUCGGUGGAACUCAACAUAUUUAAUGUUGAGAACAACUAUAGAAUACAAAGAGGUGUUUAACAAGUUGAGUCUAACUGACACAAAUUAUAAGUCGUAUCCAACUGAAGAGCAAUGGAGUAAUGCAGAAGAUGUUUCUGAUAAGCUCAAACUUUUUUAUCAUAUCACUGAACAGUUUUCAGGAACUCAAUAUCCAACUUCUAGUCAAUACUUUACAAAAGUUUGUGAAAUUAAGCUAGAAUUAGAAGCUUGGGUGAAAGAGCUUAAUCCUUUGAUUAGCGAUAUGGCAUCUGUGAUGUUGUUGAAAUUUAAAAAAUAUUGGGAUGAUGUGCAUAUUUUGAUGGGAGUAGCUGCAAUCUUUGAUCCACGGUACAAGAUGAGAUUUGUAGCUUCAACUGGAGCUACCGUGGAGAAAAGAUCAGAGUUGGAUAUGUACUUAGAAGAAGACCUACUACCUCGAACCCCUUCAUUUGACAAUUUGAGUUGGUGGAAGACAAAUGGAUUGAAAUUUCCUACGUUGCAAAAAAUGGCUCGUGAUCUCUUAGCCAUUCCCGUGUCUACUGUUGCUUCAGAAUCAGCAUUUAGCACUAGUGGGAGUUUUGAGACCAAGGCUGACUUAUUAUUGCUCAGCACGGUUGACUUUGAUAUUAUUUUGGGCAUGGACUGGUUGUCGUCCCAUUAUGCUAUUCUUGAUUGUCACGCCAAAACCGUGACGCUGGCCAUGCCAGGUGUACCACGUAUUGAGUGGAAGGGUGCCUUAGGUCACACUCCUAGUAGAGUUAUUUCUUUCCUUAAGGCUCAGCGUAUGGUUGAGAAAGGUUGUUAUGCGUACUUAGCUUAUGUGAAAGAUGCCAGUAUAGAUACUCCUUCUGUUGAUUCAGUCCCAGUAGUACGGGAUUUUCCCGAUGUGUUUCCAGCUGAUCUUCCGGGCAUGCCACCCGACAGGGACAUUAAUUUUGGCAUUGAUCUGUUGCCGGGAACUCAUCCCAUCUCUAUCCCUCCGUACCGUAUGCCUCCUCCUAAGUUGAAGGAGUUGAAGGAGCAAUUGCAGGAAUUACUUGAUAAGGGUUUUAUUCGGCCCAGUGUAUCGCCUUGGGGUGCUCCUGUGUUAUUUGUGAAGAAGAAGGAUGCUUCUAUGCGCAUGUGUAUUGAUUACCGCCAGUUGAACAAGGUUACAGUGAAGAACCGUUAUCCUUUGCCUCGUAUUGAUGAUCUGUUUGACCAGCUUCAGGGCACACGGGUGUUUUCUAUGAUUGAUUUGCGCUCAGGUUACCAUCAGUUAAAGAUUCGGGAGCCAGAUAUCCCGAAGACUGCCUUCAGGACUCGGUAUGGUCAUUACGAGUUCCUUGUUAUGUCUUUUGGGCUGACCAAUGCCCCAGCAGCCUUCAUGCACCUGAUGCAUAGUGUAUUCUGGCCAUAUCUUGACUCUUUUGUCAUUGUCUUUAUUGAUGAUAUUCUGGUAUAUUCCCGGAGUCGGGAAGAUCACGAGGAGCACCUGAGGACAGUGCUUCAGACUCUGAGGGAAAAGAGAUUAUAUGCAAAGUUUUCAAAAUGUGAGUUUUGGUUGGAUUCUGUGGCAUUCUUGGGUCACGUGGUAUCGAGUGAGGGGAUUCGGGUUGAUCCUAAGAAGGUAGAGGCAGUGCAAAGUUGGUCCAGACCAUCCUCAGCUACAGAGAUUCGUAGUUUCCUUGGCUUGGCGGGCUACUACCGUCGUUUUGUGGAGGGGUUUUCAUCGAUUGCAUCCCCUAUGACUAGAUUGACCCAGAAGGGUGCUCCAUUUCAGUGGACAGAGGAGUGUGAGGCGAGCUUUCAGAAGCUCAAGACAGCCCUGACUACAGCCCCAAUUUUGAUAUUACCUACCGGUUCGGGGUCCUAUACUGUCUAUUGUGAUGCCUCGAGAGUUGGCCUUGGAGCGGUAUUGAUGCAGGACGGUAGGGUGAUUGCCUACGCGUCCAGAAAGUUGAAGAUACACGAGAAGAAUUAUCCUGUCCAUGAUCUUGAGUUAGUUGCCAUUGUUCAUGCCUUGAAGAUCUGGCAUCAUUACUUGUACGGUGUGCCUUGUGAGAUAUAUACUGAUCACCGGAGUUUGAAACAUCUGUUCAAGCGGAAGGAUCUUAAUUUGCAUCAGAGGAGGUGGCUAGAGUUGCUAAAGGAUUAUGACAUCACUAUCUUGUAUCACCCGGGCAAGGCCAAUGUGGUGGCCGAUGCU